GUUAUCUCGUCCGGACAAAAUGAUGAUGACACGGACAAUUAACACCAAUGCCCCAGUCAAGGCUAAUAGCAACCGCGGGGCGUUAAUCGUAAUGGAAGGCUGCGACCGUACUGGCAAGACGACGCAGGCCAAGAUGCUCGUCAAGUCUCUAAACAAGCUGGGAAAACCGACGAUCUUCAUGCGUUUCCCAGAUCGGAACACGCCUAUUGGGGUGAUCAUCGACAAGUACCUCUCAUGUGAGGAGGAAAUGGAUGACCAUGCAAUUCAUCUUUUAUUUUCGGCCAAUAGGUGGGAAUCACUGUCGCAAAUAACAUCGACGAUAGAAGAAGGAAUAAAUAUCAUCAUCGAUCGUUACUCGUUCUCUGGGGUUGCCUAUUCUGCCGCCAAGGAGGGAAUGGCCUUAGACUGGUGCAAGAAGAGUGAUGUUGGAUUACCCAAACCUGACCUAGUGCUAUUCUUUAACCUUACCCCUGAAGUGGCACGAACGAGGGGGCACUGGGGUGAGGAACGCUAUGAGAAGGAAGGUAUCCAAAAGGUUGUCCGGGAAAAUUACAACGAGCUUAUGGACAGUUCUUGGAAGGUCAUCGAUGCCGACAAGACAAUUAAUGACUUACAAGAGGAACUGAAAACCGAAGUCAUUAAGACAAUAGACAUCGCUAAAGAAGAGAAGUUGAAGACGUUGUGGACUUAGAGAAGAUAUCUAGUGAUUGUGACUAUCUGUUUGUGUGUGUCUGUCUCUCUCUCUCAUAAUCGUUCCUUCUUGUUUUAUAGGACAACCUUUACAUGUGUGUAAUAAUAAUAAUAAUUAACGGUUUAUUGAAAGAGCUUGGCAGCCAGAAGGCUGAAAAUAUACAGUUACAUAUUUGGGGAAUGGGUUUCGAAUUACAAAUAAUAUACAAAUA